AUGCAUAAGGGAAAUAAACCUACUCAGUGCAAACAAGUCCCAGUUGAAGCAAAUGGGAGAGCAGUUCAUAAGGCCAGCAGCAAGAUGAAAGCCAUCAAGAUGGAUGACCAACUUACCAAAAACAGUGAUUGUUGGCAAUAUGUCUUUGCUGUCACUGGAUCUAGGUUAAAUGACAAAUUGCAAGUCACUGACAAGGGCAUUUGGAUACAGGGAAAUAAGCUGGUGUCAUUUGAUGAUGUGGCAUUGGACUUCAGCUGGGAGGAGUGGCAGGACUUGGAUAUUGCUCAGAGAACCUUGUAUAGAGAUGUAAUGCUGGAGACCUACAGCAACCUCAUGUCCUUGGGGCACUGCAUUCCUAAACCUAAAUUGAUUGUCACAUUGGAGCAAGGUGCAGAACCAUGGGUAGGAGAAGCCUCACACAAGAAUUUCACAGUACUUCAAGGGGAAAGGAAAACACCUGAAUGUACUGUAUGUGGCAAAACAUUCUACUUAAGACCUACAGUCACUACUCAUCAGAAAAUGUACACAGGAGAGAAUUCUUGUAUGUGUAGUGAAUGUGAGAAAACUUUCAGUAAGAAAAUACACCUUACAAAACUUCCAAGCAAAUAUCCAGAGAAGUCUAAUGAGUAUAUCCAGUGUGCAAAAUUUAUCUCUCAGAAAUCAGAUGUGACUUUCCAACCUCAAACACCAACAGAAGAGAAACCCUGUGAAUAUGAGUGUAGGGAAUUUUCCACUCAGAAGUCAGCACUCAACCAACAUCAGAGAAUUCAGACUGAAGAGAAACCUUAUGAAUGCAACAAAUUCGGAAAAUCUUUCAGACUAAAGUCAUACCUCACUUUGCAUCAGAAAACACAAACAGGAGAGAAACCUUACAAGUGUGACAAAUGUGGAAAGUCUUUUACCCAGAAGACAGAGCUUCAUGUUCAUCAGAGAACACACACAGGAGAGAAACCUUAUGAAUGUAACAAAUGUGGAAAGCCUUUUGCCCGGAAGACAGAUCUUCGUGUUCAUCAGAGAACACACACAGGAGAGAAACCUUAUGAAUGUAACAAAUGUGGAAAGUCUUUUGCCCAGAAGGCAAACCUUACUGUCCAUAAGAGAACACACACAAAAGAGAAACCUUACGAAUGUAAUAGAUGUGGAAAGUAUUUCACCCGGAAGGCAGACCUUCAUGUUCAUCAGAGAAUACACACAGGGGAGAAACCUUAUGAAUGUAACAAAUGUGGAAAGAGUUUCGCCCGGAGGGCAGACCUUAAUGUCCAUCAGAGAACACACACAGGGGAGAGACCUUAUGAAUGUAAGAAAUGUGGAAAGUCCUUCGCCCAGAAGUCACAUCUCAAUACACAUAAGAGAAUUCACACAGGUGAGAAACCUUAUGAAUGUAACACAUGUGGAAGGUCUUAUAGAGAGAAGUCAUACCUUGCUUUGCAUCAGAGAACACAUACAGGAGAAAAACCUUAUGAAUGCAACAAAUGUGGAAAGACCUUCAAGUGGAGUUCACAUCUAGGUAGGCAUACCAGAAUUCACACAGUUUAG